AAUUUUUUUCCGACUUCAUGUGGUGUUUAACAUCCUGUUUAUUUUAAGCGCCAUGUGAUUAAACAACAAUGAUUUCAAUUAUGGACAUCAAGGAAAGCAAUAUAUACAGUCUGAUAUACGAGAAGUACGAGGAAUGCGAAAAUGACUGCGAGAAAUACAAUGAAAUACAAAAAGGUGUACGAAAAUUGCGAUGGAAUGCGAAAGUAUUGCGAAAAAAGGCAGUGCUCUUACAUCCGGGAACCUUUAAACAUAUUAUAGGUCCAGUCUAUUGACCGGGCGGCACAGGCGUCCCGAUCGGGUCCGAACAUCCUCCCCACCGACGCCAAAGUUAUCUGACGUCUCUUUCUUGUCUAGCGACUUUCUUGACUUGCGAUGUCUCGACCUCUUACUAGACUGAUGACGACUUGACUGACUAGUACACUCCCCAUUGUUGGCAACAUCUUCACUAACUGAAACUGGUUCUACUCUAUCUAAACUAUCUACACUAGCUUCACUAUACUCUAAUAUGCCAUAACGCCUCAGCUUGUUGUAUCUCUUCCGCACACAGCUCCUUAUCACGACACAGUGCUUUCUUCUUCAGUUUGUCAACGAAUCUAAACACAUACGAUGUGACUCUCAAAAGCUUAGAUUACUUCUCAUAGCGUGUAUGGUCAAUCACAGGAUCAACUUCGAACAGUACGGCUAAAGGCUAAUACAAGACGUGCCUCGGGUUAACAAGUCAGCAGGAUUUCCAACUCCGGGACAAUGCUUCCAGCAUUCUGGCUCAAAUGUCGACUGGAUCUCCGUAACGCGAUUAGCUACGAACGUCUUCCACUGCGAACUCAAACCUCGAAUCCAAUGUAACGUUACUUCACUGUCCGACCAGCAAACAAUACGAUCAAUCUCUCGCGAUACGGACAACGACUCAAUUACAAACUUUAACAAUCUACAGUUAAUCACUGCGACAAAAAGCUCUAGCCGCCUGGGCAACGAUACAAUCUUCGCUGGCGCUACGUUACUCUUCUACAUCACUAGGUUAUGCUAUAUCAACGGAUAUCAUCAAGAGCUUGAAAGUUGCGCAUGCUUUUGAGUGUAGCACCGCGUGCCUGUCUAACACGCGGUGCAGAUCCGUGAACUACCACAGGGAUGCUGAGCCCAUGGGUCUGUGCGAAUUCAGCAGCACCUCAUUAACUGACAAAGAACCUCCUCUUGUAAAGAAAGCGAAUUCAACCUAUUACAGACGAACCGCAUGGGACUAUUUGUGUCGCGAUGAGAUGAGCUGUAAAAAUGGCGGCAGAUGCAUCAUAACAAGUACAAACUAUAAUGGUUACAAGUGCGAAAACUUUAGUCCAGAGAGUGUUAAAUCGUGCAAAGACAUCUUCAAAAAGUAUGGUCGCCGCAAGGACAUGGUGUAUACUUUCCACGUCGACUCAAAAGAAGCUGACGUUUACUGUCACAUGACAAGUAUCUGUGGAAGUGGGGGAUGGACGCUGGUCAUGAAAGCAAACGGCUCAAAGGAUACGUUUCAGUACACCUCCCAAUACUGGUCCAACAAGAUUGAGUUCAACCCUGAAGCAGGUUUAACCGGUCUUGAUGGUAACGAGACUAUGCUGUCCACCUAUUGGGGCGUGCCGUUUGACCAGAUCUGCUUAGGGAUGAAAGUCGGCGAUGACCUGAAUUGGCUUACCUUGGACUACAACUUUACAUCCCUGUACGAUGCCAUCGCUGACGGUAAUUUCAGGAAUCUGUCCAUGGCGCGAGACCCUUGGCUUGCCCUGAUUGCCGGCUCAAAACUUCAGCGAGCCUGUGGCAUGAAUGGGUUUAAUCCCAAAGACAUGAUUCGCAUCGGAAUUAUUGGAAAUCAUGAGUGGGAUUGUAAUACUCCAGAUAGCUAUAUCGGUAUUGGGGCUAAACAGAGUGGGUACUGGGUCGGCAACUAUUGCAUGCAAUAUUGCAAAGUCAAGCUUGCAGCUUUUGGGUACAUAUUUGUAAAAUAGAGAGCACCCCCGGCCACAGCCCCAAAUACCCCCCCCCCCCCCCAAAAAAAAAAAAAAAAAAAGAAUAAGGGAUUUUUAUUUGUUGAUGACAUCAAUGGUAUGUUAGGACCCGAUAAGCUGCAUUUAUAUAUAUGACCAUUGCUGUCGUCAUUCAUACAGUGGAACCUGGAUUUUACGAUAUUACUCGGGAGAAAGAAAAAGUAUGGUAAAAUCGAGGUAUCGUUGCAAAGAGGUGCUCGAUUUCAUCAUAAAAAGGAAAAUCCAUUGAAAAUCAACUUUGACAAAAUAAUAAUAAUAUUGUAACUGUACUCUGUGUUAGACUCUUCAGUUACUCUCUGUAAGAUUAAUCUGUAUUUAACAAGAUUACACAAGUCAAAAAGUCGAUUAAUUUGUACUGUACUGCUUUCUGAAGGGGGGGGAUGCCCCUCUGCUAGCUACGGCCACUAGUUUUUAGAUUUUAUUCAUGUGAUCAGAGCGAAAAUAGAACAGUCAUUAUAAUUCGCCUGAGUUAUUUAUAUAACAUGUUUAAACAUUGAGCAACAAUAUUUAUAAGUCUUCCAGGAGUUCAUAUAUACGUGGUAAUAUAAAUACGUCCUCCAGGAGUGCAUAUCUACUUGGUAUCCUCCUACUCAGUUUUGAUGCUUGUUAUAUGAAUGUCUUCCAGGAGUGCAUAUAUACGUGGUACUCCUGCUCAAGUUUUAAUGAUUGCGAGAAUAAGGCUGUAAUUUCAAUAAAGAAAAUAAUUUGCACAA